ACCCCCACGUGUCCUGCUCUCGUGUCCAGGAAGAAGCUGACGAGAGCAGGCCGGAAGUCAGGACGAGCAGGUAUGAUUUUGUGAUUAUGAAUACGAUGAUGAUGAUGAUGAUGAUGAUUAUGAUGAUGAUGAUGAUGAUGAUGAUGAUGAUGACAUGAUUCAUACUCGGCUCUUGGCAUCUCGGCCUGCCCGAGGCGAUGAUCUCAUUGGUCGGCAGACUUUUGGCUCUCCGUCUCCUCGCUCUCCCAUUGGUCCAAACAGCGAGCCUCGCUUCCGGUCCUCGCUCCCGAUUGGUGGAAAGCUGCGGCCUCGCCCCCUCCCGUAAAAACGAAAAAAAGAAGUAGUCCAGGUCCAGAAGCGAGUAUCAAUCAGAGGAGUCACAGUCGAGGACGAUGGCCGCCCGUGGAAGUCCCACGCAGCGCUUCUAGCGGGAUUACUUCUCUCCCCCCCCCCCCAACUCCCUCCCCACGACUUUUUAUCCAGCUUUGAACAACUUCCCACUCGACCUCUCGCCCCCCCCCCGAUCCCUGGCGCGGACGGACCGAGUGGGUUUCCCUGCUCAGAACCGCUCGGGGUGGAUCGGGAGACAUGAGUGAGAGGAGGCGAUCUGCCGCCGCGCUGAGCUCCAGAGCCCACGCCUUCUCCGUGGAAGCCCUCAUCGGCUCCGGCAAGAAGAGGAAGCUGCGCGCCUGGGACGACAAGGACAUCCGCUUGGCCAUGGACGGACUGGCGGGGGACGCCGAGGACCCGGCCCGCUGCCUGGACAUGGACCCGGACUCGGAGGCGAGUCCCGGCUCGGACGGAGAGGAUCUGGCGGAGAGGACGUCGUGUUCCUUCGGCUCCCCCGCUGAGCUUCCGGCGGGGCCGUGCGAGCCUCCGGCGGCCUCGUCCAUGGAGGAGAUCCACGUGGAGCUGCAGUGUGCCGACCUGUGGAAACGCUUCCAUGACAUCGGAACCGAGAUGAUCAUCACCAAGGCUGGAAGGAGGAUGUUCCCCGCCAUGCGUGUCAAGAUCGCCGGCCUGGACCCCCACCAGCAGUACUACAUCGCCAUGGACAUCGUCCCCGUGGACAACAAGCGAUACAGGUACGUGUACCACAGCUCCAAGUGGAUGGUGGCGGGGAACGCCGACUCGCCCGUGCCGCCUCGCGUCUACAUCCACCCGGACUCUCUGGCGUCGGGGGACACGUGGAUGAGGCAGGUGGUCAGCUUCGACAAGCUCAAGCUCACCAACAACGAGCUGGACGACCAAGGACACAUCAUCCUCCACUCCAUGCACAAGUACCAGCCCCGAGUCCACGUCAUCAGGAAGGACUUCAGCAGCGAGCUGUCGCCCAACAAGCCGGUGCCCAGCGGCGAGGGGGUCAAGACCUUCAGUUUCCCCGAGACCGUCUUCACCACCGUCACCGCCUACCAGAACCAGCAGAUCACCAGACUAAAGAUCGACCGGAACCCCUUUGCCAAAGGUUUUCGGGACUCUGGCAGAAACAGGACGGGUCUGGAGGCCAUCAUGGAGACCUACGCCUUCUGGAGACCGCCCGUCAGGACGCUCACCUUUGAAGACUUCACCAACAUGCAGAAGCAGCAGGGUGGAAGCACGGGGACGUCCCCAACCACCUCCAGCACGGGGACGCCCUCCCCCUCCGGAGCGGCCCACCUGCUCUCCCCUUCCUGCUCCCCUCCCGCCUUCCAUCUGGCGCCCAACACCUUCAACGUGGGCUGCCGGGAGAGCCAGCUGUGCAACCUGGGCCUGACCGAGUACCCGGCGUGCGCCCGCAGCAACAUGGCGGCGCUGCAGGGUUACGGCGGCCUGGCCGACGGCUCCUACGGGCGCCUGCAGGCGGCCGGGGGCGGCGUGGCCUCCGCCCAGCCCUCGGAGUCCUUCCUGCCGCAGAGGACUUCCUCCUUGAUCGCCGCCGGCAUGCAGGGCGGCGUGACUGGCGGCGGGGGCGGCAGCGGCGGCGGGGCGGCCGGGGCCAAGAUGGAUGCUUACGGCGCUCAGCUGGGCUCCUUCCCGGCCUCCCAGCUCCAGUAUGUCAUGCAGGCGGGGGGCGGCUCCGGCGCCGCUUCGUCGUCCGCCCCGUCGGGCUCGUCCCCCUCCUCGGCGCACAUGUUCAGCGGGGGCCACCACCACGUGCAGCAGGGCUCCUACAACGCCUUCUCCCUGCACAACCCCUACAACCUCUACGGAUACAACUUCCCCGCCUCCCCCCGCCUGGCCACCAGCCCCGACAAGCCCCAGGGGGGGCUGCUCUGCUCCCCCGCCCCCGCCGCCGCCUUCGGCGAGCGUCAGUACCUGUCUAACGGCAACAUGGACGCCGUGCACAUGAUCGGCAAUGGCGGCGGCGGCCAGCAAGGGGGGGGCGGCGCCUGUGAUGGCCGCCAGUAUGGCUCCGCCUCCCAGAUGUCCAUGCACAUGGUGUGAAGACGGGAGUCCAGAA